UAUCAUUCUAAGAAAAGAAUUGGAUCACAUCCACGAGUGGCAGCCCCGCUCGCCGCAGACGCCUUCCGGUCCAGGAACAAGAAAUGCUGUCGUUACCGGCCUCCGGUGUCCCGCCGCCGUCCACCUCCCCUUUCUCGUCCGCACCCGGAACAACCCUCAGACGGAGUUUGCAAAGCAGACAAUGGGCAAAUACUUUAAUUUGGAUCAGCAAUAGACAAAGAUUACUGGCUUUUGCAAAUGUAAAUGCAUCUCGAGGAAAAGGAAGUUCAAGUGGCGAAAUCAUAAUGGUUGAUCCCAUAGAAGCCAAACAGUUAGCUGCCAAACAGAUGCAAGAAAUUCAGGUUAAAGAAAAGCUCAAAAGGCGGCGUCAAGCUGAAGCAGUUAAUGGAACUUUAGCAAUGAUCGGCCUCACAGCUGGAUUGGUCGUUGAGGGCCAGACUGGAAAGGGGAUCUUAGGCCAGCUCGCUGGAUAUUGGGAUGCCAUCACAAGCUUUUUUACUCGAUAGUUCAUCACCGCUUGGAAGGAUUUGAGCUAUUUGAUACAUCAUUUGCGAGUAGAAGACAGAAAACCUAAGUCCUCGCUCAAACGAGGAUAGCAGGGCUCCACAAUCAUAUUGUUUUCAUCUUGUAAAGCUGUUCGAUGGACUCAGAAGGAUGUGCAAACUUGUUUUGGUUUUGCAACAAGUGAGACUUUCUGUAUACAAGGAGAAGCUGGCAUUGCUGACCAACUUGAUAUUGAGAGACACAAGCUGGAAUCAUAAUUGAAAUGCCAACUAACAGGUUGUGGUGGUAGCAUCACAUGCAGCUGCCAUUGUCGAGAAAGUACCCUAUAAAACUGGGUUUCCAGCCUGGCCUGUAACACUGCUGAAGUGUUCGAUUGUGAUUUGCUGCUGGAAUUAGGCACCACUGUUGGCUCUUUUGUCCUGCCCAUUAGCUGGCUACUGUAGCUCAGAUCGAUAAAUGCCAUCUAAAAUCUUCUCUGCUGUAAAAUCUUAAACGAAAUGGCAUUCCAGUUUUCCUAUCAAAUCUUCUUGUCAGUGUCA